AGUCAUCAGUUACCGGGUAGAACAGAAGCAGACAGGUUAGUCCGUUCCCGGCAGUGUUUGUGGCGGUGCUGCUGCAACUUCUGAAUCUCAAGAAGCCGACCAUUGAGGAACGUGAUCAUGAACCAGUUCUAUCAGUUCUACUUCCUGUGGAUCGUAUUAGUAGCAUCACAAGGAGGUCAUGUAGAGUCUGUGGAUAAUUACCUGUAUGGGACAGUUGAGCUCCCGUGUGAGUUUCCCUUUGUGACUGGGCCCCAGGAUUUGGUCAUGACAUGGCUAAAAGUGGUGCAAGAUUCUGAAAAUGUGGUGGUGCACAGCUAUAGAGAUGGACAAGACAUCACAGAGCACCAGGACUCAAGGUAUAAAGGUCGGACUCGCAGGUCCAGAGGCAAAUUGAAUCUGAUCCUGACUAAUGUGACCUUUGAUGAUGAGGGAACCUAUAUCUGUCAGGCAGCCAAUCAGAAGUCCAGGGGAUCCAAGGAAGUCAGACUCUCCAUAACCAGUAUAAAUGCAGAAGAUCCCACUGUUACUAUGGUUUACACUGAUGGGGGGAAUCAGUUGAAGUGUUGGAGUAGUGGGAUUUACAGAAACCCUCAAGUUGAAUGGCACGACAGGGAAAAGAAGGAUCUCUCCGGCUACGGAAAACUCAACAUAACUGAUAUUGGUAAUGGGAGGAAGAUGGUGGAGUCGGUGCUGGAAUACAAUAUUGAGCCCCAGCAGCAUUAUUUCUGUCAUGUGAAGGAGGGGAGACUGAAAAGAUCUGCCAGAGCUGUGGUGUCAGAUGAAACCGUCAGUGUUAAUGAUGAACUUUAAUCUCCUGCAGUGAGAAGAUUUUACCCUGCGAUGAUGCUGUUUGUUAAUGGGUAUUUCAAUUCUUCUUUAGAUUGUUUGGAAUAUCAAUUGAGAUGCUUAUAAAAGAACUGUGCAUUUACACUAGAGGCCCCCGCGCACCAGCUCUAGGAUUCAGCCGCAGAUUCAGCUUUGCACAGUCAGAUGCGGGGAGCUUAGUCCCCCAAACACAAAUCUCCUCUCAGGGACUAAUCUCCCCGAAAUUAAAAUUUCAGUAUGAUUUACAUUUUCAUGAUAGUUCCCCUUUCAUUUGUUCUCUACAAAAAUGCUGACUUUCAGCCCAAUUCUGAACCGAAUCCUGUGUUCUGUGGAUCCCUAGCGACAUUAAUAAUGCUGUCAUUAUAAUCAUAGUGUGUGACUUAUACUGGCAGUGAUUUACUAUAAGGACUAUUGGGUUAACUCAGAUAUAUAAAUAAGAUAUUGUACGGUAAAUUUAUCAAAGAGUGAAGUUCCACAGCUCUCCAUUCAUUUCUAUUUAUCAAUGGGUCAAUGAUAAAUUUCACCCUUUGAUAAAUACGCCUAUAAAAAUCCCAUAGAAAUGAAUGGAGAGAGGCAGAACUUCACUCUAGUGGCGGAACUUCACUAUUAACUUCACUCUUUGAUAAAUAUACCCCUGUGUCUCAUGCUGCUGAGUGUGUAAUUAUUUUCCCAUUGCUUCUCUGUGUGUAUAUAUAUAUAUAUAUAUAUAUAUAUAUAUAUAUAUAUAUAUGUAAAUGGGUGCACACCAGGAACAUUUAAGGCAGGGUUACUUAAAAGUUAAACAUACUUUAUUGAAAAAUAUAAAAACAGGCCAACGUUUCGGUCUCCUUCUCAGACCAUUAUCAAGACCCGAAUUGUCAUAGGGAAACAGCUUAAUAUAGAUAAAAUGCAUAAGCACUCACCCAAUCACGUGUAUGGAGACAAGUCAUGUGACAGAACCCAAUCACCUGAAUAGCCCAAACAUGUGAAAACGAAAAAGGAGAACACCUGAACCAGAGAUAGUCCGGAAGUAAAAGGAAACAAGAUUAAAAACAUACAUGACACAUGUUUCAAAGAACCACUGAUAAGCAGAGAAAUUGUAACUACAAAUCAGAUUACAUGUACACAACUAUAAAUAGCUUAAAAAGGGGACAGCCUGUGAUUAAACCAAUAUGAUGUUACCUCAGCUAGAGUAUAUUGCGCAUAAU